AUGGACUGUUUGAUAACCACUUCCGUUUUUUUCCCUCACUAGUCCUCAUUUGCGUAUACCUUGAAAGAUAGGAAGACAUUGUAGAAAGGUUUUUGUUGGUUUAAACUAACGUUUAGGAGGUCGACUGCUUGAGGAAUUUUAUGGAGCAUAAUAAUGGAGAUACUUCUAGCUGGGCGAUGCAGCGACGAAUGGAAGGAUUGGUCAACAAACACAUGGCAGACAUAGCUCUAGAAACACUCCAGCAGAGACUUUCAGCUGUGUCCGACGAAAUGAACAAUCUUGCGGAACAUGUCUCGAGACGCUCGGAGGAUAUUCCCAAAGAUGAUAUUUCAAGACGACCUGAUGUCAGCUUUGACGUUGAGUCGCUGAGUGCGACGUUUAGCACGGGUGGUGUUGGGGAAAAGUUGUUGAUGCCAGCCACCUCAUCAUCAGCAGGUAACGUUUUACCCUGAUUAACUGUGGUUCUAAUAUUAGUGAAUUCCUCACUUUGUUUUGUAUCUAGCCUACUUGGAAGUAACAAGCAGUGAAAAAAACUAAGAAUUACAUGAAUUAUUCAGCUGUGUGACCAAUCAGAUUCGCAGGAGUAGUAAAAUCGCUCUCAGGCUAAAUGUUUUAAUUGCUAGUUUGUACGCCAGAAUGUGAUAUAACCAAAUAUGUCGAGGACUGGACGUUACAGGUUUGCCUAUACAAAACGUCGCCAUAGAGUUUUCAACUAAUCUGGUAUUGGCGAUACUCUCUUAGUUUUUGAUUCUGGAAAACAUUAGUCUUAUAAAUGUCUGUGUCCAGUUGCAAUUGGUUCUACAAACGCCUGAGAACUCUGAAAGAUAGUAAAUCCAUGUUUUGAACCGCGCAGAGGUUCCUCGCCAUUAAAUGCUGCACAUCUAGCAUUUCCCAGCGUCUAGUCGUAGCAACAACAAAAAGUUGGCUGAAGAGUUAGUUACAGUAGCCAAUGACACUUACUCUGUUUUAGAAUGAUGGGGGGAAAUGACUAACUACACCAGGCCUGUUACUGUUCUAAAAUGUGACACAAUAUGACAAAUCAACAAACUGACCAACAAAACUUUUUUGGGCCCCUACCUUGACCCUGGUGUCAUCCCAAAUCCGUUCCUAUCCACUGUUCCUCAGAGACUGCUGCCCAGCGUAAGAUCAUCUCCUUGCUGGUGGAGAUCAAGGAGGAGCAGCAGAGACAGUGGGCAGUGUUGAGGGAGCUGCAGGCCAGGGUUCAGGGCCAGAGCUUUCCAGAGGUAGAGGAGGAGGUGGAGGCUCUAGACAUUGACAUCCCUCUGAGGACCUUGGAGCAGCUAGAUGACACAGAGAGGCACCUGGAGGAUGCCGGAGCACAGAAGAGAAUGGUAGGUGGACAGUGACCCAAUAGGGCUUAAACCAGCGACAAGCACACUACCUACUGUGGUAUAAUAGUGUUACAUAAUGGUAAGUGAUUGUGUUAUUAAUGGUGUGUAUCUAUGACAGGUGUCUCACCUGUCACGGAUGGGCGGGGCCACGGUGGAUGAUGCAGUGCGAAGGCUCUUGCAGGCAGUGCUAACUUUCGCUGUGGGCUCUGAGCUCAACUGGGUGGGCCGCGGCCAGAAAAGGAGCUUCAGAAACACCCGCCUCCAAGGGGUUCUCUUCCGUAAGUGUCGGUACCAUACCUAGGGCUCUAUAAAAUGUAUAUAUAUUUUGCCUGAUUCCGUUUUAGUUUUUUCACAAAUGCACUUUUCUCUGUUUUUUCAGGUUUCAGUUGUUAGAAUUUUUUUCAGGUUUUCACUCUCAAAAUCACAAUUGAGAUAUAUAUAUUUUAAACAAUUGGAUGUUCUCAGUCCACAACAAUGCUUAAACCACAUCAGGAGACCACUUUUGAAGUCUGGGAAAAAUAGAUGAAAUUUAGAUUUUUGGGUGUAGUUACCCUUUUAAUGCAAGUGAGCGCCAGCAAGAGUCCGUUGUUUGGUUAGCUACAUUUCUGUAGCGCUCGUGAUUGCAGAGUUGCAAAACAAAUGGCAACUGGAUUGUUGCAAAUAGUCAUUAUAUCAUUCUGCCAGAUAUGCAUAGGCUACUUUGUAGUUAACAUUUUAAUUGAGAACGUUUUUGGGAAAGCCUUUGCAUCUAUCAGAAGACGGUAGUCAUUACAUUAGCAUGAUCACUAACGGCUACACAAAGUGAUAGACAAAUGCGCACACACAGACGGGGGCAUUCCUGUGCCGUUGCCUCGUCAGAAAGUAGAAAAAAUACGAAUCACUGAAUCAUUUUAUUAAUGUCUUAUGAUAAUAUUGGUGAAAUUAAUGAAUGUUCUAAUAAAUUCAAUACAUUUUGUUGAUUUCCUACAAAGUUCAAUACAUUUUUUAAAUAUUGUUGAAUUUUUUGUGUCUGGAUUCCAUCCAUAUUCUCCACAAUGCAAAUUUUAUAGGGCCCUACUAUCAUACCUUACACAUACCGGGAGGGGGGGAUGCAUGGAUAGAUGGAUGGAUGGAUAAUGCGAAGGAAUCUGAUCAGUCUCCAUAUAGACAAAAAGAGACAUUUGGAUGCAGCACUGACCUCACUACUUCUCUAUUACUAUAGGUGCUCUGAAAAGAACCCCAGUGGGCAAAGAGGCCACACAUCACCAGUUUGCAGACGUGGUGAAGAAAUGGCUGCGGUACACCCCGUUCAGACAGGGAGGGAGUGGUCGACGGCUUUACAAACCACCUGUUGA